AAGAUUGGCAAUUGGAUUUAUGGUUGGAUUUCCUCUUCUAUUGUGGUUGGUGAUCCAUAAAUGGAGAAGACGCCAUUUAUGCAAUGAUACAAAUAUUGAAAAGUUUUUACAAGAUCAACAUGAUUUUGCACCCAUAAAAUACAGUUACUCGGAUGUCAAGAAAAUGACGAGCAAUUUUAACGAAAAAUUGGGUGAAGGAGGCUAUGGAACUGUCUAUAAAGGAAAGCUUCGAAGUGGUCUUUAUGUGGCGGUAAAGAUGUUAGACCAAACCAUAGCCGGGGUCGAAGAAUUCAUCAAUGAAGUUGGCACAAUCGGGCGAAUCCACCAUGUCAAUGUAGUGCAUCUCGUUGGGUUUUGUAUCGAACGCUCAAAGUAUGCUUUGGUAUAUGAGUUUCUUCCUAAUGGUUCCCUCGAUAGAUAUAUCUUCAACGAACAAAGUUUAGGAGUGCUCGCCUUGACGCUCGACAAAAUGUUUGAAAUUGCACUUGGAGUGGCGCGUGGAAUUGGAUAUUUGCAUCAUGGUUGUGAUAUGCAAAUCCUACACUUUGACAUCAAACCUCACAACAUACUACUCGACGAGAAUUUCAAUCCAAAGAUAUCUGAUUUCGGGCUUGCAAGAUUGCACCCCACCAAUGAGAGCUUCAUAAAUUUAACGGGUGCAAGAGGAACAAUGGGAUACAUGGCACCCGAGAUGUUCUACAAAAACAUGGGAGGUAUAUCUUACAAGGCUGAUAUAUAUAGCUUUGGAAUGAUGUUGAUGGAAAUGGCGGGGAAAAGGAAAAUCACGAAUCAUUUGGUUGAAGAAACAACUCAAAUCUACUUCCCGAUGUGGAUAUAUGACCAACUAUGUGCAGGAAAGGACAUCGAGAUGAAAGAUGCAAGCGAAGAGGAAAAAAGAAUGGUGAAAAAGAUUAUGAUAGUCGCAAUGUGGUGCAUACAAAUGAGACCAUCCGAUCGACUUCCUAUCAACAAAGUAAUAGAAAUGCUUGAAAGUGAGUCCGAACCACGGAUGCCUUCAAGACCAUUUGCAGCGCCGCGUGAGAUAGAAGCCGAAACGGAUGAUCAUGGAACUCAAACUUAUCUUGUAGAUUGCAUCAACUUAGAUUUACUUCAAAGUUGAGCAUUGUGGUAUGUGUUCUCUCUCUCUAUCAAU